AAAGUCUUUACACGACCACAUAACUUAAAACAGCAUAAACAGAUCCAUUUCAAGGAAAAGAAGCACCAAUGUUUCAAGUGUGACAAGACAUUCCAUCGGAGAUCAAACCUACUGCGCCACAAGAGGCAAGUCCACGAAAAGCGUGCUGCAGCUAGAGAGUACAAGUGCAAUACCUGCGGAGAGCGAUUUCAUAAUCUGGCGCCAUUCCAAGCUCAUCAGAAGACAGCUCACAGCCAACCCUUGCCUAGAGCUACAAAACGUACACGGGAUGAUGAAGCAGGUAAAUCUUUUUUUAGUUGUACGUAAAUGUUUACUUGCUUCACACAAAAGAUGCUAAGACCUAUUUCUUUGUUAAAGGUCUUAAUUCCAUGCAAAUUAACGGUUAAAGCAGUGAAGCGUAACAUAGUCAUGUGCUUAUUUUGAGUAAGUUAAACAAUGGAGCCCAUUUCUGAAUUUUAGUUAGACAUUAGGAGUUUAUUUCUUUGUUAGAACCAAAGCCCAAGCGUAUAAAGCCAAACCCCGUGGAAGAAAGGAAAGCAACUUCUAACUGGCAAGAAGACCCCCGCACCAUGUCUGACCUACCCCAAGAACAGCAACAUUCCCUUCCUGAGUACCGCCGCCAUUGGCAUCAAAUCAGAACCCGUUUCAGCCGUCAUAACCGUCUUUCUGACUGGUAUAACUUCCGCCUAACCUCCCUUCAACCACGAGAGAUUUCCAACCACUUAGACGAGAUCUUCACUGAUCAGUCCACAGUCUUCAAAAUCAAUGUGUCCUUUGCGUUUUUUCUAAGAAACAACGAAACCGGUGAGUUGCAGUAUUAUUACGCAUCAAGAAACAACGAACAAGUCUUUGAAGAACCUUUCCAGAUUACAACCGCAGCCGACCUUCCCCAAGUUCGCGAAGCAUUAAAGAAUCUCGAUGUCUUGGAAUGGGUACGCCAGCGGCGUCCCAAUUCUAAAUGGGUUGUGGAUACAGUGACCAAUGUCACCUUCUUUAUAACCAAGAUUCGAGGUCAUCCUAUUGGAAGAGGCACCGAUUUGCCCAAGUACCUUAGUAACAAUAAUGGCUUACUUCCCUUGGACCGAGACCAUAAGACUGGUAAAGUCUACAGCGACAAUCUCUGUUUUUUUCGGGCUCUGGCACUCCACAAUGGCUGUCACCCCAAGAACCUUGAGAGAGAUGCAAAGCAUUACUACGAGAGA